CCAUUGUAUUUGACUAUUUUUAUUAUCCUUUUCCUUCUAAUUUCUACUUUGAAGAUACACAGGAGACGACUUUCCUUACCUCCUGGACCGACUCCUCUGCCAUUUGUGGGGAACCUAUUUCAAGGAAGCUUUAAGCUUUAUGAGUCUUACCACAAGAAACUUAGGGCACAUUUUGGGUUUCCUCUUACAGCUCUACAAGCAGUAUGGUCCAGUCUUCACUGUUUGGCUUGGCAGUUCACCAGUGGUUGUACUCUGUGGAUAUUCAGUGGUAAAAGAUGCCUUGGUAAAUUAUUCACAUCAAUUUAGCGACCGUGGACCUUUGCCAAUAACACAGAGAUUGAGCAAUGGGAAAGGUAUCAUAGGUACCAAUGGGGAGCUCUGGAGGCACACAAGACGAUUUGCAGUGACCACACUUAGGAAUUUUGGAAUGGGCAAGAAAUCAAUGGAACAAAGAGUGCAAGAAGAAGCCAAGCACCUUAUGAAGGCUAUAGAAGCUACAUGUGGUAAAGCAGUUAACCCUCAGGAAACUAUUGGAUGUGCAGUGAACAAUGUUAUCAACUUAGUUGUAUUUGGAAAAAGAUGGGACUAUAAGGACAAAAAAUUCCUGAAGCUUCUGAACAUUACAAAUAAUCUUUUUAACUUCAUCAGAGCUCCUCUAGGAGUGGCAUAUGUUGCAUUUGAAAGUAUAAUGAAGCAUCUGCCUGGUCGUCAUCAAAAGAUCUUUCAAGAAUGUGAAUACAUGAAAUCUUUCAUCAAGGAGCAAAUAGAAUCUCAUAAGAAGACAAUAAAUGUCAACUCACCAAGAGAUUUCAUAGACUGCUUCCUCAUAAGGGCAAGCAAGGAGAAUGAAAUGAACUGUAAAGAAUUCAACGACCAUAAUCUGACUAUUGUAGCCUUUGAGCUUUUCACAGCUGGAACAGAGACCACAUCAAAUACACUCCAGUUCAGUCUUCUAUUGAUGAUACAAUAUCCACACAUCCAAGAAAUGAUACAAAAGGAAAUAGAUACCGUCAUUGGCCCAACCAGACUACCUGGAAUUUCUGACAGGUCCCAGAUGCCUUACACCAAUGCUGUGCUACAUGAGAUCAUGAGAUAUAUAGAUGUUGUUCCCAUGGCUCUACCUCACCAGGUAUCUGAAGACACAUUUUUCAGAGGUUUUAUGAUCCCAAAGGGAACCACUAUAUUUCCUCUUAUUGGCUCAGUGUUAGCAGAUCCAGACUGCUGGAAGACUCCUUAUGAUUUUGAUCCAGAAAACUUCUUGGACCAGAAUGGAUUGUUCUGUAUACAGGAUGCUUGGAUGCCAUUUUCAGCAGGAAAAAGGAUCUGCCCUGGAGAAGGACUAGCUCGUAUGGAAAUCUUUCUUUUCCUCACUGCUCUUCUUCAGAAAUUUACCUUUAAACUUGCAAAUCCAUCUGACACAUUCGACCUGCGUUCCCUCAGAAGAGCUUUCCGGAGAAAAGGACUGUCAUAUCAAUUGAGAGCAUAUCCACGCACGUAACAGAGAAUGAUUCAUGUUUUGCUCACAAAAAAUAAUCUACAGAAAUUGUGGUAUCAAGAUUCACUAAGCAGGCAGUGGUUUAUUUUUUUUAUUUUCACAUUCUGUUCAAAUAUUUUUUUUUUGUAAUCAUUUAAUUGUAGUACACCAAAUGAAUCUGAACAACAUAAGUGAAGGACAAAUUCUAAUGAUUAUUUACAGUUUUAUUCCUGAAAAAACAAAAGCAGCAAAACUUGGAAAAUAAAUGUAACGCAUAGUGGCCCUUUGCUGUAAAACAGCUGAUCGCUAUCCUAUUUACCUAUU